GGGAUUUUGUUGAGUACCGGUGUUGUUUUUUGAGGUUAUGUAACGGUUUUUUUCUAAAGUUUUUGUAAUUUUCUAAAAAAUGGAUAAUGAUUUAGAACGCUCGGUUCGUCUUCUGGAAGAUGCCCUCCAGACGCCCACCAAAGGCCUCUUCAAGGUUUCAACAGCAACCCCAAAGCACAGGAAACUCAGCUUAACAGUGAAUGCCGACGAUUUUCCUACCUUGGAAUACCGAAAUUACGAAGACAGUGUGUUUUUAUUUGCUGACGUUGAUAAAACCAUCACGGGGUCGGUGGUCCAAGCAGGAGCCCCGUGGAAAAACACCGUCAAUAAUUUAUACACGGAAUUUGCGGAUAUCUUGCAGGGGUGCACCGGGGGGCUUGAUAUUCUCGACGUUGCCGAAGAUUUUGCAAGGUGCUGCAGUGAUGCUUUAGCCGUGAUUAAGUCCUUAAAGGCUAAAGUGACCACCGGUGAAUUAGCAGAAGAGAAAUGGCUUGAGAAUGAGAGGAAUAAUUGGCGACUGCUUUAUGUGUUGUAUCAGGACCGGAUUCAGGCCCAGAGCCAGAGUAAGGAAGAGUUUGAGGAGGAUUUUGGAAGGAGCGAGAAGAAAUGUAUUUUUGAAUUGUUUAAAAGAGAGAAUUUGGUUAGGGAAAGUCAAUUGGUGAUUGAUUGGCUUGAGAGGAAUGCACUGGAGAAGGGGGACCCCAUUUUGAUGCAUUCGGAUUGGACUUAUGGAUGGGAACACACUUUACAUCAAUUGCUAGCACCUGAUGCUAUUGUUAUUGGGAGUAAUGUGGAUAUUAUCAAGGAUAUUCAUCCAGAUGCGCCCCAAUUUCAACGAUUGUCAUUACAUCACUUGGAUCACGACAACGAUAAGAAAUUAUGUCAGAGGAUUUUUAUGGAAAUUAGGUGUGGGAACCUUGAAGGGGCUCAAGAGUUGUGUUACAAUAGUGGACAUCCAUGGAGGGCUGCGAUGUUAGAAGGUUGGAAGCUUUACCACAAUCCCAACUUUGAAAAAACCCAAGAAGAGUAUAAAGACGUUGAAGGUAACCACAAGCGUGACUUGUGGAAAUCCUGCGCUUUAGAUUAUUGUCGAAAAUCAAAUUUAAACAUUUAUGAAAAAGCAGCAGUUGGUAGUCUUUGUGGCUACUUGGACGCGAUUUUACCAGUUUGUACCACUUGGGAGGAUCAUUUAUGGGCUUAUUUGCGAACAAUGGUUGAUAUUCGAGUCGAAUCAGAAAUUCGCGACUCUAUCAUCAAAAAUUACGUACCUUUACCUGAAGAAUAUUGGGAACAAAAGAAAUCUUUGAGUGAAAUUUUUACGAUUCUAGAAGCCUCUAAAAACAGUGACGUUGCAAAAGAAGCACAUGAAAUCGAUCAUGUAAUUCAAAAACUUGUCAUUUUAGACGAAAUUCCGACAUUGAUACAUCUUUUAGAGAAAUGGAGUGAAGAUCCAGGAGUUUCAACACAAUCUCUUAGAUUUUAUGCUCAUUUAGUUUUAUUCUUCGAAAGUGUUGGAGACUCCACUAACAGAAAAACGUGCGAAAAAAUCGUAGAAACAUAUAUCGAUCGUGUGAGCGAAAUGAACGAGACCCAACUCGUGGCUUUCUACGUGAGCAAACUCGGCAAAAGCAAGCAAAUCUACCUCUAUGCCAAACACUGCGAAAAACUCCUCUCUUCUGAGCAACGCAAAAACGCUCUCACUUACGCUGAAGACUUCAGUUUGGACGUGUUUGCUAUAACUCAUCGAAUCGUUGAAAGUAUAACAAACCGUCCUUCUGAAUCUGAACUUCCCGGCAAUCUUCAGCGCAAAAUCACUGAAAUCGACGAACUGAAAAUCUCGGCUAUUGAUUGGCUCAUGUUUUACGAGGAGCAACGCGCCGAAGCUUUGGCUCAAACCAAUUCACUUAUAUUUAAAUUUUUGAUUUUGGGAAAAUUGGAAGCGGCGCAAUUGGCUAUUAAUAAAAUUCCGUACGAUUCAGUCGAGAAAAUCCGGGACGAAGCUUCGGAUGAGAUUCAUCAAAUUGUUAAGAAUUAUUUGAGUUAUAAAGCCUAUUUGGAUGCGCACGAGGCGUUUAACGAGUGGUUUAGACAGUAUAGGAAUAAGCCGAUGCCGCCACCGGAACUUCCGGAAAAUGCGCAGUUUACUGAGAAGGUUGCUCAUGAUCAUAAAGUUUCGCAGUUUAAUGCUGAGACGGAAAGGUGGAAAUUGACGACUUCGCAUUCGGCUAAAAGGGCCAAAACUUUAUUGUAUAAUGUUCUUUUGUUUCCUGAGGGGUGGCUUGUGGGAGGGGAUGAUGCUGAGUAUCUCAGAUCAGUUUGUAUUCCUCAAAUAGUUUUGUUAUUGUAUUCGGUUUUAAAUGAGUCAGGUUUGCACGAAGAAGCCAUACAAUUGGCCGAUUUAAUAGCAACGGAAAAAUACCAACUUUACAAAGUGUAUUCCAAAGAGAAAUUGGGAGAAAUCCUAGAGAAGAUUUGUGAAAGUUCCGUGGCGCUUCUCAAUGCGAAAAAAGACCCAUUUGGAAGCUUUUCAACUGCCUAAAAUUAAACAAUUAAAUAAAUUCAUAUUUUCUAA